AUGACUAAGCCGCCAUCUAUGAGCCACGUAGAGGCUGGCAAUUCCAGCUUCCACGGUCACACGUUGCUCACGCCACCCCUCUCACCAGCCAGCUCCGAAGAUGUGCCCUUCAAACCUGCUGACGACGAUGUGACUAGCCUCUCAAUGAAGAGAAGGCAUUUCGUGCCACAUAGUCGCGAAAGACGCCGCUUGAAUCGGGCAUGUGCUUCCAGCACUGAGCUGCGUGGCUCAUCUAUCACCUACGAUGAUAUGCCGAUUGCAGUACUUCAUCAUUCCAAAUCUCUAUCACAUCUGGCUUCUACUUCUGGUGUACCGAUGUUGAGGAGCGUGCGCAUCAGCAGGCGCGGUAGCGACCACCCAAACAUCAGAGGACGCCGUUGGACGGUCUCCUCGAAAGGUUUACCCGCGAAAGAGCUGGCAGACAAGACCGCGGCAGAAAUUCGACCUCCUGUGCCUGAGCCUGUUCAUCAAGACAGUCCAAGUCCGGCAAUGAUCACGCUCCGCCGGGCUUCAAUUACGCGGCAAGUGAACAGGAAGACUUCACUGACCUUCUUCCCACCUCCAAAGUUCGAGAGCUCUACGUCCGGUCUCGUAAGAGCGUUUUUGAGAACCCUCACAGGUCAAGAACAAGCUGCACCCACAUUUGAAUCGAGACGCCAAAGCAUCUUCAAUAUACGUGCACCUCCUGUCCUGCCAGCUGAAGAGCCUGUGCCUGAGCAAUCUUGGAAGGCCAGUGCCAAACCAGUGUUCACAAAGGUCUCCGGCAUGGCUCCUGAAUUGUUGCAGCCAACCAAUACAUUUCGAGCCAGUGCUGAGACAAGAAGAUGUUCGACUCAAUACGUUUCUGGCGGUUCUGUAUACGAAGUCAUUUGGGACGAAAACAUUUCCGACUCAAGUCGAGGCUCAACAUCGACUCAGCCACUACGGCGCCUGAUAACCGAAGACGCUCGCUAG